GCAAGUUCGGGAAUCUGCGACGCCGAGUUUCACUCUAGCUGCCUGCCCCCUCCUUAGAGUCGGAGCCACAGCCGGAGCCCUGCCCAGGCCGAGCGGGAGCUGCAGCCCGAGCGCGGUGGUACCCUCCGCCUUUCCUCUUGCUCUCCUCAGCCUCGGUGCCUUGGAAUUUGUGUCGCUGAGUCAGCAAGCCUUUCAGAUUUGCCCGGUUUUUGUUGUUUGCAUUUUAUAUCAAGAUGGGAACGCAAACAAGUCAUUCCUCCUAAGGAUCUGGUGUCUCCAUCAAGAAGGGACAGUUUGUGCCAGCUCUCCAGAGAGAAAAGUAGGUUCUCAGCAUGCUGUGAUCCCCCUCCCAACCUUCCAGCCAGCCAGGAUUGCAGGCAUGCCAGGUCUGCUGGAGGCGCUGGGCAAUGAACCUGAGACUCCUGCCCAGAGGGGUCUGAAGCCAUUUGAGAAAGCAGAGGGAGUCCUGGGGAAGAUGGCCAUGGCCCCAGGCACUUCCCUGGCACAGGUGUACACCAGCCCUGUGGCAGUGGCUGUGUGGGAAUGGCAGGACGGGCUGGGUACCUGGCACCCCUACAGUGCCACUGUCUGCAGCUACAUCGAACAGCAGUUUGUCCAGCAGAAGGGCCAGCGUUUCGGGCUAGGGAGCCUGGCCCACAGCAUCCCCUUGGGCCAGGCAGAUCCCUCACUGGCCCCUUAUAUCAUCGACCUUCCCAGCUGGACCCAGUUCCGCCAGGACACCGGCACCAUGCGGGCUGUGCGGAGGCACCUGUUCCCCCAGCAUUCAGCCCCGGGCCGGGGCAUCAUCUGGGAGUGGCUGAGUGAUGAUGGCUCCUGGACUGCCUAUGAAGCCAGCAUCUGUGACUAUCUGGAGCAGCAGGUGGCCAGGGGAAACCAGCUCGUGGACUUGGCCCCGCUGGGGUAUAACUACACCGUCAACUAUGCCACCCACACGCAAACCAACAAGACUUCCAGCUUCUGCCGUAGCGUGCGGCGCCAAGCAGGGCCUCCUUACCCGGUGACCACUGUCAUUGCUCCACCAGGCCACACAGGAGUCGCCUGCUCUUGCCACCAGUGCCUCAGUGGCAGCGGGACUGGCCCAGUGUCAGGCCGCUACCGCCACUCCAUGACCAACCUACCCGCAUACCCUAUCCCCCAGCCCCCCCACAGGACCAUUGUCUUUGGGACCCACCAGGCCUUUGCCCCAUACAACAAGCCCUCGCUGUCUGGGGCUAGGUCGGCGCCUAGACUGAAUAGCACCAACCCCUGGGGCGGGGCACCUACCACUCUGGGGAACCAGCAUCUCUACCGCUCCAGCCUCUCCCACUUGGGACCUCAGCUUCUGCCUCCAGGACCGUCCACUUCCAGUGGAACCAGUGCCUCCCUCCCCAGCGGUCCCUCGAGCAGCCCUGGGAGCAUCCCUGCCACUGUGCCCGUGCAGAUGCCAAAGCCCAGCAGGGUCCAGCAAGCACUUGCAGGCAUGACGAGUGUUCUGAUGUCAGCCAUUGGACUCCCUGUGUGUCUUAGCCGCGCACCCCAGCCCGCCAGCCCUCCCGCCUCCUGUCUGGCCUCUAAAAGUCACAGCUCAGUUAAGAGAUUGAGGAAAAUGUCCGUGAAAGGGGGGACUUCAAAGCCAGAACCAGAGCAGGUGAUAAGGAACUACACUGAAGAGCUGAGGACACCCCCGGACGAGGACUGCAUCAUCUGCAUGGAGAAGCUGUCCGCGGCGUCUGGGUACAGCGACAUGACCGACAGCAAGGCCAUCGGGCCCAUGGCCGUGGGUCGCCUCGCCAAGUGCAGCCAUGCCUUCCACCUGCUGUGCCUGCUGGCCAUGUACUGCAGUGGGAACAAGGAUGGAAGUUUGCAAUGUCCUUCCUGCAAAACCAUCUACGGAGAGAAAACUGGGACCCAACCCCGGGGGAAGAUGGAGGUGUUCAGGUUCCCGGUGUCGCUCCCCGGCCACGAAGACUGCGGGACAAUACUCAUAGUUUACAACAUUCCUCACGGCAUCCAGGGCCCCGAACACCCCAACCCUGGGAAGCCAUUCACCGCCAGAGGGUUUCCCCGCCAGUGCUACCUCCCGGACAACGCCCAGGGCUGCAAGGUCCUAGAGCUUCUAAAGGUGGCCUGGAAGAGGCGACUCAUCUUCACAGUGGGGACAUCCAGCACCACGGGCGAGACCGAUACCGUGGUGUGGAACGAGAUCCACCACAAGACCGAGAUGGACCGUAACGUGACAGGCCACGGGUACCCCGACCCCAACUACCUGCAGAACGUGCUGGCUGAGCUGGCUGCCCAGGGCGUGACUGAGGACUGCCUGGAGCCACAGUGACCUGCUGCCUGUUCCCCACUGCGGCUGGGCUGCCUCCAGAAAGGC